AUGUCUCGCCAGUCCACCGUCCGCAUCCAGAGGGGGAGAAGCGGCUUCAGCGCCGCCUCGGCCAUCGUCCCCAACACCUGCCGCACCAGCUUCAGCUCCCGCUCCGUCACCCGCGUCGGCAGCUGCAACGCCGGCAGUGGCUUCGCCAGGGUCGGAGGCGGCUUCGGAAGCAAAAGCCUCUACAACGUGGGGGGAUGCAAGAGGAUCUCGGUGGCUGGACGGGGCGGCAGCUUCUACGGAGGUUUUGGCGGCGGCGCCGGCAGCGUGUAUGGCGGUGGCUUUGGCUACGGCGCGUUUGGUGGCCCUGGGUUCCCAGCCGGGGGCAUCCAAGAAGUGUCCAUCAACCAGAGCCUGCUGAAACCCCUCAACCUGGAGAUCGACCCCAACAUCCAAAGGAUCCGAAAGGAGGAGAAGGAACAAAUCAAAACCCUCAACAACAAAUUCGCCUCCUUCAUUGACAAGGUCCGAUUCCUCGAGCAGCAAAACAAAGUGCUGGAGACCAAGUGGAGCCUGCUGCAGGAGCAGGGGCUCAAAACGGUGAGGAACAACCUGGAGCCGCUCUUCGAGACCUACAUCAACAACCUGCGGGUGCAGCUGAACAGCCUGCUGGGCGACAAGGGCCGGCUGGAGGGAGAGCUGCUCAACACCCAGUACCUGGUGGAGGACUUCAAGAAGAAGUACGAAGACGAGAUCAACAGGCGCACGGUGGCAGAGAACGAGUUCGUGACACUCAAGAAGGACGUAGAUGCUGCCUAUAUGAACAAGGUGGAGUUACAAGCCAAGGUGGACGCGCUGGUUGAAGAAAUCAAUUUCCUGAGAGCCCUCUACGAAGCGGAGCUCUCGCAGAUGCAGACCCAGAUCUCCGACACCUCGGUGGUGCUGACCAUGGACAACAACCGCAACCUGGACCUGGACGGGAUCAUCGCCGAGGUGAAGGCGCAGUACGAGGACAUCGCCAACCGCAGCCGCGCCGAGGCCGAGUCCUGGUACCAGACCAAGUACGAGGAGCUGCAGGCUACGGCGGGCAGGCACGGGGACGACCUCCGCAGCACCAAGCAGGAGAUCUCCGAGCUCAACCGCCACGUCCAGCGCCUGCGCUCUGAAAUCGACAGCGUCAAGAAGCAGUGUGCCAACAUGAAAGCGGCCAUCGCGGACGCCGAGGAGCGCGGGGAGCUGGCGCUCAAGGACGCCAAGGCCAAGCUGGCCGAGCUGGAGGACGCGCUGCAGCAGGCCAAGGCCGACCUGGCCCGGCAGCUGCGCGAGUACCAGGAGCUCAUGAACGUCAAGCUGGCCCUGGACAUCGAGAUCGCGACCUACAGGAAGCUGCUGGAGGGCGAGGAGUGCAGGCUGGCUGGAGACGGCGUCCCAGUGAAUAUCUCCGUGACCAGGACAACGGUGGGAACGGGCUACGGAGGAGGCAGCAACCUGAGCAUGGGCGGGGGAAUGUGCGCCAUGGGGAACAGCUUCGGCUGCGCCGGCGGCCCCGCGGUGGGCAGCGCCGGCCUGGCGGGCGGCAGCAGCUCCAGCGUCAAGUUCGUCUCCACCUCCUCCACCAGAAGGAGUUACAGAAGCUAAAAGUUUCCUUUCCACUUGCCAGAAACCACCUUAGCGCUGGUCCUUUGCUAAAGCAGAGCGGGGUCAGCGCCGCGGGGGCCGCCCUCGCCUCACUUUAGGAACGCUCCCUCCGCUGUGUUGUCUGGCACGUGCCGCACGGGGCUCUGCUGCCCAACACGAGUCCCGCUGCUUUAAAUUCGCAACUUGCUUGUCACAGCUCAGCAUUUUUUUGGCCGGAUUUUGUAUAUAAAACGUGUCCCAUGACUGUUUGUCUCUCUUCACUUUCUGGUGUUUGUCUAAUAAAAAUGCACAUGUAAUUUA